GUCGACGGGGGCGGUUAUUGGCGAGGACCCCGGAAGAAAAUGCCGUGCCCACUACCCAUCUUCUCCCAGAUCUGCCAAUGCUCCGCGAAAGUUUUGCAGCAAGAGAUAUACUUUGGUAGUUCGGUUUCCGGAGGUUUCUUCCGCAGAUAUGCUCAGGAAGGAAACUACUAGAGACGCUCCUAGCCACGAUCCUAGUAUCUUCGUGACAAUGGUUGGUCCCGUUCCCAGUCUAGGCCGGAGUCCUGAGGAACUGGAACUCCCGAUCAUGGGCCUACUAUUGAGCCCAGCGACAAUGAGGAUGACGCCACGCGACGCAAGGAGAGUAACUUUAUUCGCCCAGCUUAUCGUAACGAUCGCAGCUGGUAUCAACCAUCAAGUCCCGGGCCCCCUCCGUACUAAACCUACUCUCCGGCAAAAAAAAUCCGGUCCUGAGCCAAGCUUCUUCACCACGCCCUCCGUAUGAGGAAGGACAUAAACUAUCGGCGACAGCGACAGCGGGGUACCCG